AGCAGUGAGCUCGAUUGGUGCGGUUAGCAACAGCCUCCAAUGACAGCAUCAGCGCUCUGCCACUCCAUCCUGCCUGCAGCUUGAUGAACAAGUUCAGUACACUCACAAGAAAGGGCAAUGAGGAAUCAAAGUUACCUCUGCCUACAGGUAACUUUUAAAAUAACAAAAUGUGAAUGAUAUAAACCUGAACAAAAUAAAUAUGCAAUGAAAAACUAUGGAGAGGUGACAGAAAGCACGGAGUUACAGGAGAAGUUUGUGUCCAUCUUUGGGCUGGAUUAUUACACCAAUUGGAACCAUAUUACAGAAGUUAUCAUUUGUUGAGGUGUAGAUGUCUAAGAUAAAAGAGCCUGGAAUUCUGAGCCAUCAUGUGGAAGAAAACUGCCCAGAGAGUCAUUAGACCUACAGCAAACCCUGAGCAAGGAAGAAAAUAGAAGAAAAAGUGCUGGAAGCUGGUCCAUCCUUGCUGCUUGACAUAGUCACUGCAGGGAAGAAACAUCUGCACAGCAUAUGUUUCAAGGGACCUGGCAUAUAUGGCGUACUGUUCUUAAUAUGUUUGCUCCCCUUCUUGGCACUAUGUGUUUUAACCAAGGUCACCUCUCCCAGAAAGGUUGUUUCCCCAGGUAGGGAUUUUUCCCUGAAGUUAGGGAGGGAAUAAAACCCCUUAACUAAGUGCCAGGCGGGUAGUUAAUCACUUUAACUACGAACAAUCAUGCUUAAGCUACAUAAUCUUUACUCCCUGGAAUGGAGAUAAGAAACGCCCUAACCUUUGGAAUAGAGAUUGAUAGGAUUAAAAUCAACUGGUAUAAAUACAGAUGUAACAAGACAAUAAAACACAGAACUUGGAACCUUCUCCAGAACAGAGUGUCUUGGGAACUCACCUGGCUGGGGAGACUUCUGGAAGAGGCUGCAACCACACAGCAAGGCUUGAUCCUUGAGCUGACCUCUUCCUAUUUUUCCUGCUACAGAAAGCCCUGGAUCUGCUCCUUAGGUGAGUGCACGAUUGCCCAUUUGCACUAUUCUAAAGAGAAAUAGCGGCCGCGGCGGCCCCAGAGAAGAACGAGAGGGCGAGCGAGCGCGGCGCUCCCGGGCCGGCCUGGCCCCCUCUCCUCAUCAUCGCCAGCCCUCUGCCGCCUAUCUCCGCGUCCACCUUUUCUCCUCUCCCCGCCAAGUGGAGGCCCCCUCUGGGGCGGGGAGGACCGGGAGUGAAUUCCCCUAACUCCUUCACCCUCUUCCUGCACCUGGCCCCCUUGUGAGGAGAAGGCCCGGCCCUGUCCGGCCCGCGUCGUGUGUGAGGAGCACCCGGGCCAGCCCACAGAUGUCUUGGGCCUGGUCCGGCCCGCCUGGUGUGUGAGGACUGGGGCCCCGGCCAGGCACCGCCACCGCCACCACCGCAAUGGCCAGCUCCCAGAAAGCCCUGAUGCUGGAGCUCAAGUCCCUGCAGGAGGAGCCGGUGGAGGGUUCCCAGAUCGCCCUGGUGGAUGAGUCCGACCUCUACAACUGGGAGGUUGCCAUCUUCGGACCCCCCGACACCCUCUACGAAGGCGGCUACUUCAAGGCGCAUAUUAAAUUUCCUAUUGACUACCCAUAUUCACCACCUACCUUCAGAUUCUUGGCCAAAAUGUGGCACCCCAACAUUUAUGAGAGUGGACAUGUAUGCAUUUCAAUUCUUCAUCCACCCAUAGAUGCCCCACAGAGUGGUCAACUGAACUCCGAAAGGUGGAAUCCUACUCAGAAUGUCAGGACUAUCCUGUUAAGUGUCAUCUCAUUGCUUAAUGAGCCCAACAUCUUCUCCGCAGCCAAUGCGGAUGCUUCAGUUAUGUUCAGGAAAUGGAGGGACAGUAAAGGAAACGACAAAGAAUAUGCUGAAAUCAUUAGAAAACAGGUUUCAGCCACUAAAGCCGAAGCAGAAAAGGAUGGAGUGAAAGUACCCACGACCCUGGCAGAAUAUUGCAUCAAAACUAAAGUGCCUUCCAAUGACAACAGCUCAGAUUGGCUUUAUGACGACUUGUACGACCUUGACAUUGAGGAUGAAGAGGAGGAGGAGGAAGAUGCUGACUGUGAUGACGAUGAUGAUUCUGGGAAUGAGGAGUCGUGACCUGCUCCUUCGAAGCCCCUGUACUGCCCUGCCAUCUCAGGCCAAAGGGAGAGGAGCAAGUGGGGACCUAGCAGUGGCCCUCAGCAAAACCCUAUCACAGGGGGUGGGGAAAACAAACAUGG